GACGUCAUCGUCAUUUCCGGUUUGGAGAUACUCAGAAGGCAAAAUGGAAGGAAACAGCGCUGAUGAGUUGGAUACUCGCCUUCAAGCUCUGGAAAAGCGUGUGUACGGCGAACGUGGGCAAAGUAAUAAACCGGUUAAGUGUGUUGAAUCUUUGGCUAGGAUAAAUUCUGCCCUUGCCAACACUGCAAACAAGAGAGAACGAGUCAAGAUUCUUCACAAGAAAAUUGAAGAUUUGCUGAAGUUUAUAGAUCCACAGUUCACAGACCACAUUGCUGUACCAGAUGCGAUGAAACUGGAAUUUAUCCUGGCAGAGGAGGACUUCCUGCGCUCCCAGGCUGCCUUGCUGGAGCAGGUAAAUAACCUGCAGCCUCUGCUCGAUAGCCCACAUAUUAAAGCUGUUCCAGAACUUUCUACCAAAGUGCAACGUUUGUCUCAAAUUCACAUCAGUCAGCAGGACAAAAAUGAAGAGUUAUCCGCAGAUGUGAAAAGGCUGUUUGAAGAAUAUAACAAAAUGAUGUUUCUGUUGUCUAAACAGUUUACCCAUUGGGAUGAAACCCUGAGGAAACUGGAAGCACCCAAACAAGUCCCGCUAACCGAUUAGCGAAAUGAUGCUUAAUUUAUGACACUAAUUUAAUGUCAUUUUUUUUGUUGUACAUAUGUUCCUUAAUAGCUAAUGAUUUUGCAACUGUUUAAUAUGGUUUUCAGAGAUGAAUUAAACUCAAAGCAUGAAGUCAUUGAUGUACUUUAGAGUAUUAGCCUGAAUAAUAAAGUAUAAACAUUACACCA